AUGGGGAAGAUCAUCUUCUUUGAGGACAGAAACUUCGGAGGCCCUUACUAUGAGUGCAUGAGUGACUGUGCUGACCUUCAUGCCAUGUUUGACCGCUGCCGCUCCAUCCGGGUGGAGAGUGGGAUGUUCGUGAUCUACGACCGGCCGGGUUACAUGGGGAACCAGUUCUUCUUGAGGAAGGGGGAUUAUUCUGACUACAUGGGCUUGGCUGGACUGAACAACUGUGUCAGGUCUUGUCGGAUGAUCCCCAUAUACCACGGCUCCUACAGGAUGAGGCUGUACGAACACUUCGACAUGGGAGGUGAAAUGAUGGAGCUGACGGACGACUGCCCAAACCUUAUGGAUCGUUUCCACAACUCCAACUUCAACUCCUGCACCGUGAUGGAUGGACACUGGCUGAUGUACGAACACUCCAACUACAGGGGGCGCCACUUCUACCUGAAGCCCGGCCAGUACAAGAGCUUCAGCGAGUGGAACGGAAACAACUCUCGUAUCGGCUCCAUCAGGCGGCUCAUGGAUCUCUAA